GAAUAUAAAGCUGAGCAUGAUACAAAAAGCAGUUUCCUGAAUCAGAGCAGUGAAAGGGAAUAGAUGAUCCUUUGUUAUUUUUGCUGUGUUUUUGUUUCAGAAGUGUUGUGUUAGGCCCAGAAUUACUGUCACCUCCUUCUUAUGUUGCAAUUUAGUCUUGAUAACUGCAACUUCUCAGCAGCGUUCCAGCCUGGUGACUCAUAGCAGAUGUAAGCCUCAACUCUGCAGAAUUUAAUAGCAAAAACAAUCGCAGAUUGGGAAGGGCUCUGGAAUUAUUUGCAUCAGCUUACGAAGAUUUAAGAACUUUCAGUUCUGUCCAGAAGUUAAAGCUUCCAAAAUGAAGAUUUUGAUAAUGAUUGAUUUUAUCCUUGCAGCUAGCUUGAUGGAUGUCAUUGACAGCUCUGAUUUACAGAAAUGUUUUCAAGAGCAGAUACGACUUCAGGGCCAGGUGAGGCUUCUGGAACAUCAUGUGAAACAGCAGCAGUUAAAAAUCAUACAGCUCUUAGAGAAAAAAGAGAUUCAGUACAGUGACAGAGAAGAUGAAAACAGUGUCAUUGACUUGAGAGGAAAAAGACAGUAUUCAGAUUGUGCAGAAAUCUACAAUGAAGGUCAUAAGCAAAACGGAUUUUAUAAAAUAAAACCAACCCAGAGUCCUAGAGAAUUCCUUGCAUUCUGUGACAUGUCUGAAGGAGGUGGCUGGACUGUGUUUCAGAGACGUUCUGAUGGCAGCCAGAAUUUUGAUAGAGACUGGGCUGACUAUGAAGAAGGCUUUGGAAAUUUUGUUUCGAAAAAUGGUGAAUUUUGGCUUGGAAACAAAAAUCUUCAUUAUUUGACUAACCAAGGGAAUUAUACUUUAAGAAUCGAUCUGACUGAUUUUGAAGGAGAACGGCGUUUUGCACAGUAUGCAAGAUUCAGAGUUGCAGGAGAAGAGCAUUCUUAUGAAAUGAGUUGUGGUGAAUACACUGGUACUGCUGGUGAUUCCCUUGCUGGUGGAUUUCAUCCUGAAGUAAAAUGGUGGGCUGAUCAUCGAGGAAUGAAAUUCAGUACUAGAGAUAGGGAUAAUGACAACUAUGAAGGGAACUGUGCUGAAGAAGAAAAGGCUGGCUGGUGGUUUAACAGGUGUCACUCUGCCAACCUGAAUGGUUUGUACUACAAAGGUCCCUACACUGCUAAGACAGACAACGGGAUUGUUUGGUACACCUGGCAUGGGUGGUGGUAUUCCCUAAAAUCCGUUGUCAUGAAGGUCAGACCUGCAGACUUUGAACGUAAUAUUGUUUAAGUGUUCUAUUAACACGAUUCACCUGAUUAAUCUUUUAGGAGAUUCAUUCCAAAUUAAAAUGGGCAGAUUUUUACUUUUCAAUCUAUGCAUGUAUAAAUUUGGAAUAAUUCCACUGCAACCAGUAGUUUUAUGAGAUCUAAGUGAAAAGACAAGCUAGCCUAUGAACCUUUGGAUACAAAUAUUGAACAUGGGUCCAGUUUUUUUGGUUUUUUUUUUUUUUAAGGCCAGUGUUCACCUAGGAAUAGGGACAUCUUCAUUAAGAUGGAGAAUUUUUGGCUUUACUUAACUCCAAAUCCUUUCACCCUUAAAAACAAAAGUAUUGUUACUGUGGCUGUCUCAAAAAUGAAAAUCAAUUGUACUUAUACAGGAAAAAAACCCUACUCAAAUAGAAGCAAAAGGUUUACUCAGUGGAUGGAACAUACCUGCUUUGGAAAGCGUCAGGACUUUAGAAAUGAGUUUCCUGUAAAUCCCUGAUACAAUGGUUGCAUGUGUGGUGUACAUAACAUACAUAAAAGGUUUAAAGAAUGAGGCAGCGAACUGAAGAAAGAGAAGGGGUACUACCAGGGUACAAUCAAUUGAAUCCAGCAUUGAGAAGUGGGUUAUCUGUUGUUUGCUGAAGCAUUUCUAGGGCUGGUCCCAACAUUUCAAUCUAACAUUUUUACAUGGUUGGUAAUUACGCUUUUUUCCUUCUUGGUCACUGUAAUGCCCUGUUUUUCCCUUUCCUUUUUCUCUUUUUCUUUUUUUUUAAAAGACUUUACUAUACUGAUAUGUGGAGUUCUAACAAAAGCUGCAACUAAUUUUAAUAUGAUCUAAACUUUGAGCAGAAGGCAUGUGUAGAGGAAAGUGUAUUUCAUGUGCUACAAAAAUCUGUCAUUUUAGAGGUUCUCUACUUUCUUUUUGAAUCUGUUAGACUUUACAACUCUCUAAAUUUGAAUGUCUUGUUCAGUCACUUCCUCUCCUUUUCCCAUAUACUUGUCUAGGUUCUCUGGGCUUUUUUCCAUCUCAAGCUGCAUAUCCAUAUUUUUCUUGUACAAGAAUAAUGGUAAGAGAUACUUUGCCUACCCCUGGCUUUUGUGCCUGGCACUACAAUAGACUUGAAUAGCUAGGAAUAACAAGAGUUGCUGAUUACUGCUUGCUGCCAUGGAGAAGUUAGGAAUACUCUCUAGAAAGCUAUCCAAUGAAAUGUAGUCUAUUUCUGCUGGGUAGAUGCAAAUGAAGACAUAAAAAAAAAAAAAUGGACCUAAACUUGCUUUCCUAAAACAAUUUUGCUUUUGUGGUUGAACUGUCACUCUCUGUCUCCCUCUCCAAAUUUAAUUUUGAACAUAGCAGUCACUUUCAAUCACGCUUAACAUAAUUGAAACUAAGUUUUGGUAAAGGUCAGUUUAUAACAACAUUGCUAUGAAUACAGGUCAUUUGAAUGGUAACUCCCUGUAUGGCAAUUUUUCCUUUUAUUUUCAUCGUCCCAAAACAAAAUUUUAUAAAGAAUCCUUGAGAGAAUUGCAUGGAAUAAGGGAGGGAGGAUGUUUGGAACAACUAGGGGGAGGAAAGAGAGUUCUUACGAAACAAUCUCACUAAAAAAAGAUAAAUCAUGUUACACCUAAACAAAACCAAAAUAAAAACAACAAAAACCAACCAAACAAAGUGUGGAGAAAAAGCAGUAUUCAGGCCGCUAAAAUCAUGUUAUAAUGUAAAAAUCAUGCCAAUGAAAAUCUGCAGUAUAGAGGUUUUAAAGUCUCUUCUUUUCAGGGUAAUACCAGCUAUUCUAGAUAAUCCAGUCUUUUUCUUGAUGUAUCAAUUGAUAUUGUGCUAGAGAUUUCUAGCAUUUAGCACAUCCCUAUACCGGUGCAUGAGAGGACCAAUGAACAGCUCUACAACUGCUUAUUUUGAACUCUGUUUAAUUGGUUACACCAAGUUACAUUUGGUAUCUGAGAGGAAGGCCUAUCACUGAUAUGUGUGUGUGUCAGGGGAGUAAGGGGAAGGGAGGAAAGUAAAGAGAGAGAGAAAGUGAGAGAAAUUCAGCAUUAAAAUCUUUAAUUAUUUGGAAAAACCCCAGAAUUCCAUUAUGUAGAAAUUGCUAAAACAUCUUUAGUUUCUCACAGGAAAAUGGAAAGAUUAACUCGUGAAUUUGGAGAGUAUCAAGGCAGAUCAUAUUCCACCAAAAUAAAAGACAAGGAGAGUUUAUAUAUUGGAAAGUUGGAUCUUUAGCGUGCACACACACACCAAAAAAAAGAAUGUAAAAUGUAAAGAUUGUGCUUAUAAAAUCUAUGAUAGAUUUUAUAAUUAUUUUAAUGUACUGCAGCAUAAAUCCAUCCUGUUUAUUUAUAAGAACCCUAAUGAAAUCUUUUGGCUGAGUUAGGGUCCUUUUGACAUAUUAUGAUAUAAAAUUUGACUCCUAUACUGUAAAUCAUAAAAUGAAGAAGACUCAAAUCUGUCUGUGCAUCUUCUAAUGCAGUUUUAUGUUUAUUUGGACUGAAUGCUCUUCAGAACAAGGAAGCAUCUACCAUACUGUCAACAAUAUGCAAAUAUUGUAUUUAAUUUCCACACUUUUCCAUGGCCUUUUUUUGUGCAAUAAAUCUUUCUGGCCACAUGAAAAACAUGUGAAAGUGUUGUAAUUCAAAAUGGUCAUAUAAUUGCUCUUAAAUAAACGAACCAUUUAUUUUCAAAAGGGAAGUUUUAAUAGCUACCAUACAAGACACAAAGUUGAAAGAGAAUUCUUUCCUAUGCCAGGGUUGCCUGUUCACAUUAAUUUAUUUACUCAACAGGUACAAACAUGUUCUAAAUAGUCUUUAUUAUUACAAGAUAGCAGAA